AUGGAGUGCGCCCUCCUGCUCGCUUGCGCCUUCCCCGCCGCCCGCUCGGGCCCGCCGUGGGGGCCGGCGGGACGGGGGCGCGUGGCCAAGGCGCUCCAGCUGUGCUGCCUUUGCUGUGCGUCGGUCGCCGCAGCCUUAGCCAGUGACAGCCGAGGCGGCGGCGGCAGCGGAUUAAACCACGAUUACGUCUUUGUCACGCCGGUAGAAGUGGACUCGGGCGGGUCAUAUAUUUCACAGGACAUUUUGCACAACGGCAGGAAAAAGCGGUCGGCGCCGAGUGCCAGCAGUUCCCUGCAUUACCGAUUUUCAGCAUUUGGACAGGAACUACACUUAGAACUUAAGCCCUCGGCGAUCUUGAGCAGUCACUUUAUUGUCCAGGUACUUGGAAAAGAUGGUGCUUCAGAGACUCGGGAACCCGCCGUGCCGAGAUGUUUCUAUCAGGGAUUUAUCAGAAACGACAGCUCGUCCUCCGUCGCUGUGUCUACGUGUGCCGGCUUGUCAGGUCUCAUAAGGACACGAAAAAAUGAAUUCCUCAUUUCGCCAUUACCUCAGCUCCUGGCCCAGGAACACAACUACAGCUCCCCUGCAGGCCACCAUCCUCACGUGCUGUACAAAAGGACAGCUGAGGAGAAGGUCCAGCGUUACCAUGGCUACCUGAGCUCCAGCCGGAACUCUGCUGGUCACCCCCCAAGUCACACUCCCCACACAUCUUGGAGUCCAGAAAGAGAACAUCACCAUGGAAGGUUGCAAAAGCAGCAUUUUUGUGGACGACGCAAGAAAUAUGCCCCUAAGCCUCCCACAGAGGACACCUAUCUCAGGUUUGAUGAAUACGGGAGCGCAGGGCGACCCAGGAGAUCAGCUGGAAAGUCCCAUAAAGGCCUAAACGUGGAAACCCUUGUGGUAGCAGACAAGAAAAUGGUGGAAAAGCACGGCAAGGCCAAUGUCACCACCUACAUUCUCACGGUCAUGAACAUGGUUUCCAGCCUCUUUAAAGAUGGGACCAUUGGAAGUGAUAUAAACAUUGUCGUGGUCAGCCUCAUUCUUCUGGAACAAGAACCUGGAGGAUUAUUGAUCAACCAUCACGCAGACCAGUCUCUGAAUAGUUUCUGCCAGUGGCAGUCUGCCCUCAUUGGAAAGAAUGGCAAGAGGCAUGACCACGCCAUCUUACUCACGGGAUUCGAUAUCUGUUCCUGGAAGAAUGAACCGUGUGAUACUCUAGGGUUUGCCCCCAUCAGUGGGAUGUGCAGUAAGUACCGAAGUUGUACCAUCAAUGAAGACACGGGACUUGGCCUGGCCUUCACCAUCGCUCAUGAGUCAGGGCACAACUUCGGCAUGGUUCACGAUGGGGAAGGCAACCCCUGCAGGAAGGCGGAAGGCAACAUCAUGUCUCCCACUCUGACCGGAAACAAUGGGGUGUUUUCAUGGUCCUCGUGCAGCCGACAGUAUCUCAAGAAAUUCCUUAGCACACCUCAGGCUGGGUGUCUGGUGGAUGAGCCCAAACAAACAGGACAGUUUAAAUAUCCGGACCAACUACCAGGACAGAUUUAUGAUGCUGACACACAGUGCAAGUGGCAGUUUGGAGCAAAAGCCAAGUUAUGCAGCCUUGGUUUUGUGAAGGAUAUUUGCAAAUCUCUUUGGUGCCACCGAGUGGGCCAUAGGUGUGAGACCAAGUUCAUGCCUGCUGCGGAAGGGACCGUUUGUGGCUUGAGUAUGUGGUGUCGGCAAGGCCAGUGUGUCAAGUUCGGGGAGCACGGACCUCGGCCCGUCCAUGGCCAGUGGUCCGCCUGGUCGAAGUGGUCAGAGUGCUCCCGAACGUGCGGUGGAGGCGUCAGGUAUCAGGAGAGACACUGCAAUAACCCCAAGCCUCAGUAUGGUGGCAAGUUCUGUCCUGGCUCUGGCCGUGUAUAUCAGCUGUGCAGUAUUAACCCUUGUCAUGAAAAUAGCUUGGAUUUCCGAGCCCAGCAGUGUGCAGAAUAUAACAGCAAACCUUUCCGUGGAUGGUUCUACCAGUGGAAACCCUAUACGAAAGUGGAAGAGGAAGAUCGAUGUAAACUGUACUGCAAGGCUGAGAACUUCGAAUUCUUUUUUGCCAUGUCCAGCAAGGUGAAAGACGGAACUCCUUGCUCCCCAAACAAAAAUGACGUUUGCAUUGAUGGGAUUUGUGAACCAGUGGGAUGUGAUCAUGAACUUGGCUCUAAGGCAGUUUCAGACGCCUGUGGUGUUUGCAAAGGUGACAAUUCAACUUGCAAGUUUUAUAAAGGCCUGUACCUCAACCAGCACAAAGCGAAUGAAUAUUAUCCGGUUGUCACCAUCCCAGCGGGUGCCCGCAGCAUCGAGGUAGAGGAACUGCAGAUAUCCUCCAGUUACCUCGCAGUCCGAAGCCUCAGUCACAAGUAUUACCUCACGGGCAGCUGGAGCAUCGACUGGCCGGGCGAGUUCGCCUUCGCGGGGACCGUGUUUGAGUACCAGCGCGCCUUCAACCGCCCCGAACGCCUGUCCACGCCGGGACCCACCAAUGAGACGCUGGUCUUUGAAAUUCUGAUGCAAGGCAAAAAUCCGGGGGUAGCAUGGAAGUAUGCACUGCCCAAGGUCGUGAAUGGAACUCAGCCAGCCUCAAAAAGACACAGCCACGCCUGGAGCACAGUGCAAUCAGAUUGCUCCGUCUCCUGCGGCGGAGGUUACAUAAGUGUCAAGGCUAUUUGCUUACGAGAUCAAAACACUCAAGUCAAUUCCUCAUUCUGCAGUGCAAGAGCCAAGCCAGCAACUGAACCCAAAGUGUGCAGUGCCUUCUCCUGCCCUGCCUACUGGAAGCCAGGCGAAUGGAGCGCGUGCAGCAGGUCCUGUGCGGGGGGCCAGCAGAGCCGGAAGGUCCAGUGUGUCCAGAAGAAGCCCUUCCAAAAGGAGGAAGCAGUGUUGCAUUCUCUCUGCCCAGUGAGCACACCCACUCAGGUUCAAGUCUGCAACAGCCAUGCCUGCCCUCCAGAAUGGAGCCCUGGGCCCUGGUCUCAGUGUUCUAAGACCUGUGGGCGAGGAGUGAGGAAACGUGAAGUCCUGUGUAAAAGUUCUGCCACGGCAGAGGACAUCCCUGAGAGUUUGUGCACCAGCAGCCCGAGACCAGAAUCACAGGAGGGCUGCGUCCUAGGACGAUGUCCCAAGAACAACCGGCUCCAGUGGGUGGUCUCUUCGUGGAGUGAGUGUUCCGCGAGCUGUGGUUUGGGAAUGAGGAAGAGGGAAAUGAAAUGCAGCGAGAAGGCCUUCCAGGGCAAGCUGAUAACUUUCCCCGAGCGAAGGUGCCGCAACAUUAAGAAACCAAACCUGGUCUUGGAAGAAACCUGCAACCGAGGGGCGUGUCUGGCCCGUCCAGUGUACAAUAUGGCAGCUGGGUGGUAUUCAUCGCCAUGGCAACAGUGCACGGUGUCCUGUGGAGGAGGGGUCCAGACCCGAUCAGUCCACUGUGUUCAGCAGGGCCGGCCUUCCUCAAGUUGUCUGCUCCGGCAGAAACCUCCAGUGCUACAAGCCUGUAAUACACACUUUUGUCCAGCUCCUGAAAAGAGAGAGGAUCCAUCUUGUGUAGAUGUCUUCGGCUGGUGUCAUCUUGUUCCUCAGCAUGGUGUCUGCAACCACAAAUUUUAUGGCAAACAGUGCUGCAAGUCAUGCACAAGAAAGAGCUGAUCUUGACGCCCUCCCAGACUGGAAGGGCU